AUGAUUGAGACCGAUUCACCCUCACUGGAUCCUUCGAUCUUGACACUUGCUGUUGACGCUUGCCUCUCCGCCUCAAAUUUCGGUGACAAGCCAUGGAAACUGGUAGCUGUAGAAUAUGCAAAAGUCUUCGCCAAUGAGUUGGAUUCGAGGGUCAUCAAAUGUCGUAUACAACUCCGCGAAGCCGCCAUCGCCCGCUUAUACAAUCUCGAAUCUAUGCCAAGUACCGAGGACAUCAAGAUAUGCCGAGUCGAUAACCGAUCCAAUGCCGAUUUUGGUAGACUGGUCGUCCUCCGAGCGAGGUUGCAAAUUGAAAAAAGGGUGUCAACCGAAGUGGUAAACCAGACACUUGAUCAAUUCUGCGCAUCCAACCCAAUUUCCGAUUUGGAAAGAUCUGUGCAACUUGACAUUGACUUCCUUCGGGCUAAACUUCUAAGGUUUCAGGGAGAGUUUGCUCUCGCGAAGAGUCUUCUUGUGGGCCAUAUGCAAGCUUUCCGAUACCGGGCAGUUAACAUGAUCACGAUCCACUACUUUGAGACCCUUUGCGAAGAGGGUCACCCGUCAAAAGCAGUAGAAGCCCUAGAAUACGAAUAUAACGAGCUUCGGAAACGAGAGAAUGGCCAAUCAGGAAGCGGGAGGAGGCUGACACUGGCUCUAGCCGGAAGUUGCUUAAUGAAAUAUCUGUUGGACAAGCAUUCAGAUGCUGGUUCGUUAGAAAAAUCUGAGCGUUUCUUCACAAGUAUCCGAUGGACAACAAAACAAAGUCUCAUCACAAAACACAACUACUAUGUCGCUCAGGCUAGCCUCGGUAUGAUUUACCUUCUAAAAUCCGACUGGGAAGGAUCCCUGUGCCAUUGGAAUAGAGCUUUGGAAGCGGCUCGAAACUGUUUCUCUCAGAUUGGUCACGCAGAGAUGGUGACGCAAUACGCCCAAUGUGAAAUCCUGCACAGACUUGGUCGCACUUCAGAAGCCAAAAUGAGGGAGAAUGCUGCGAGGAAUCUUUUUAAGGAACACGGACGGGGUUAUCAUUUUCUCGGGCAGGGUACCGCUUGGCUUGAUCAACUCAAUAUGCUUGCCGAGGAGGCAGGAAGACCAGCUAUUGCAGUGUAG